CUUCCAUUCAUCACUUUGGCGUAAGGAGAGAAGAAGGUGACGAGAUGACCGAGGAGGGCCGUUCGCCACCAGUAGCUGCCAUCGCAAGGCGCGAUUCCAGGACUUCCAGACCAUCCCUUCUCCGCGAGCGGCUCAACUGGCUCAUCUACGCCCUGUAUGUGCGUCAUGACUUCGCUGACAGCCUCCGGGUGAUAGAGGAGGUGCUCAAGGAGAGCCGGGGCCUUUGUGAGUACGCCAUCUUCGUCAAGGGGCUCAACAAGCGGCUGGAGGGAAGGGUGCACGAGAGCCUGUCGCUGUUCCAGGCGGCAGCGUGCCUCAAUCCGCAGGCCCUCAACAACCUCAAGCAGGUGGCCAAGUCGCUGUAUCUGCUGGGCCGCCACCGAGCCGCACUCGACGUGUAUGAGGAGGCGCAGAGGAUAGAGCCGGAGGACUGGGCCACCUGGCACCACAAAGGCCUCUGCCACGUCCACCUCAGGCAGUACAAUGAGGCUGUCGUCUGCUUCGAAAAGUAAGCCGAAACAGACCAGAGGCAGGAAAGGGAUCGGAUCUGUGCGGUCAUUCAUUGCUUCCAUUCCAUCUGUUCGGUGGUGGUGCUGCCAUUCAUUCAGUGCGAACUCCAUCCAUCGGCACGACGCGACGUUCCACCAGCUGGGUCGUGUGCACGCCCUGCGCGAUGACUUUCGGUCGGCCAUAGACGUCUACAGCGAGGCGUUGGAGUUCAACCCCGACUCUGCUGAUCUGCUGGCCGUCCUGGGCAUCUACUACCUGCGGCUGGGCGACACCGCCAAGGCAUUCGAGCACCUCGGCAACGCACUCACCAUCGACCCACGCAAGGAGAAAGCCAUUCUAGCCGCAGGAUCCAUCAUACAGGACCACGGAGGUGCGUGGGGAGGGGCGGCAGGCAGAGAGAGGCACUGGUUGCUCAAUGGUGUCCUGCGUGUAUGUGUGGUGUGAGUCAGAUACCGACGUAGCGUUGCGUAAGUAUCGCGUUGCGGCUCAGCAGACGCCCCAUUCGGCGCAGCUGUGGAGCAACGUGGGGAUGUGUUUCUUUCACAAGGAGAAGUUCGUGGCGGCAGCGGCGUGCCUCAAGAGGGCCCUCUACCUCGACCCGUUCGAGUGGAUCAUAGCCCACAACCUGGGGCUAGUGCACCUCAGGACAGGUGGGCCACGCUCACAGACAGAAUGGACACACGCCUGCAGGGAGUUCCGAAUCGUUCUCUCACUCUCGCCUCUGUGCGUGAAUGCAGGUCAGUAUGCGUCGGCGUUCCACUACCUGUCUGCCUCCAUCAACAUCAAGGUGUGAUGCGGAAAGUGCAGCUGCGUCAGUGGGGCAAUGAAUGCGUGCCUGUUGUGCGUGCCAUCAGCCGGACUUCCCUCCCUCGUACCACUACCUGGCCAUCGCCCUCUCGAAGCUAGACGACUUUGCCAACGCAUGCCAUGCAUUCGAUAAGGUCAGUGGGUGCCUCAACACUACACACGCACAUUCACAGGUGUGGUGGAUGGUAUGCUUUUCCAGGCCCUGGAGCAUGGCCCCGAUCUUGCGACACUGCUCAACUACGCCAUCACCCUGCACCGACAUGGCGCGACCGUCGAGGCCAAACAGAAGGUCAGCCCACACACACACACACACACACACACAACCAAGCGGCUGACACGACACUAUCCACGAUCUUGCCUGUCCCUUCUUGCGGUUCUAUGUGUCAGUUGUCUGCAUUCGAUGCGGCGUGGGGCGCCCUCGACAGCGGUAUACGGGCGUCUGAGACGGGCCUGGAGGAGCAGCGCAGCGCCCUGCAUGGCAGCUUGUAUGGUGUGGAGCCGCCGUCUGUGCCCCAUGCCGCGCCCUCGGCUGCUGUGCCGCCCUCUGCGGGGGACGCUGACCCACCCUCACCAGGGCUCUAGAGGAAGACAGAGGGAGGGAGGCGAUAGUGCAUUCUGUGUGUAUGUCUGUGACGUGUGUGUACAUAGCGUGUGUGUUGACGUAUGCGUGGGCGACGGAGGACUGACGGCAGUGCUGGGGCUCAUACGACGGACAUGUGCC